CAUCGUUGCUUAUAUAUGUUUUAUACUUCCUUUUUGUACGAUUCAUAAUGACUUCUAACUUAACGAUUUGUAAAUUCUCCUUAAAUAUCUCUGCAUUGGCCCGAAUUUCCCGGUCAAAUUUUGAAUACAAACAGCCAAUGACGUGAAGGCGCAUGCGCGAUCGCGCGUAAUUGGUCCAAUUGAGAAUCACCAUACAGCUAACCUAACGAGUCGUCGACGAACAUCUGUGCAGGACAGUGUGCAUUUGCAUCCUGGCUGACGCAUUAAGGUAACUUCGACUUGAUCAGCAACUUGUGUGACCCUUAAAGGAUUGACUGAAGAUGAAAACUCAGAGGAAAGGAAAGGUUCUCUUUAAAACCUCACGCAUGGAAGCCGCUGGAUUACGAGCUAAUCCAAAGAAAUCAGCAAAGGUAUGUGCAUUUGUGCAUAAAGUUAAUUUGAAUUAAAAACAUCCUAAAGCAUUCUAUUCUAAAGACAUCUGGCAUUGCCGAAUUGUAAAGAUUUUGAAAUCUACAUUUUUCUUAAUUGGUCUUCAGAAACUAUUUCUAAAAGCAACAACCUUAGAGGUUCACCCUACUAAAUAAGUCAGAUGUAGGAAAGCUGUUUAAUUAGAUACAUUAAGUGACGUCGCAUCUGACGCACAGAAGCGAAUGGCACAUGUUGCUAUGCUUAGUGACACAUCUGGAAUUCAUUGGCAUGUGCCACCGACAUUUUCGCAACACACUGACAUGACACCUGAAUAACACAUGACACAGUGAAUAACAACCAUAUGUUGUGACACUUCCACUAGUGACUGACAGACGAGCAGCUUUACUGACAAAAUUGUGACACUAGUUCUAAAAAAUAGCCUAAUUUUGUGAUAUUUUAAAUGAAACGCAUUAAAGUCAUUAAUAUUUGUUUUAAACAUGUUAUCCAUUCCACAUAUGUUACUGUAAAACUUCAUUUUAACAUGCAGCAUCAUGUAAAACUAAAGGUUUACUGUGACUCAGUGUCAUUGAGAUGUCAGUGGCACAUGGCAAUGAAAUCCGGUGUCACUAAGCAUAGCAACAUGUACCAUUGGCUUCUGUGCAUCAGUUGCCACAUCACUUAAUGUUAAUACAGCUAGUUGUUACCUAUCUAGUCAACUAAAAUAUAAAUAAAUCCAUCUCUUUUGAUUAAUAGACAGGCAAUAUCCAUUUAUAAUCUUUUGUUUGUUUACUAAUAGGCUAUAUAUACUUUUUUUGUUUAAUAUUAUUAUACUUUUUUACAGGCACUUGAAUUGACUGAUUCAACUCCAAAGCAACCGCAACAGAGAUUUAACAAGAGCUGUAAUUAUUAUCAUUAUUAUUAUUAUUAUUAUUAAUAAACUUUAUUUAACCAGCUGAAUGUAAGAGACUGGUAUCACAGGAUUAUGUCACAAUGAUAGAGAUUAACUGUUUCCAUACAAUGGCUGUAGAUAGUGCUUUAACUUAAAACUUGAAAAGGGUACACAGAGGUGUGACAGCUUUUGCAUUUCUGGAUGAAGGACAUUCUUAUAUUGAUUGUAAUCACAAAAUUCUUACUUUGUAGUGAUAGAUUGUCUUGAAAUGUUGACCAUGACACUGUCCUGUGCUAAGACCCUGACAAAACAGGCAGCCACACAUAUGGUUGAUGCCCUGAAGGAGGACCUGAGAAAACAAAAAGUACCUGAUCCUAACACGGCCCCACCACUUUACGAGUCAGACUCAGACUCUGACGCGACAGCCAUUGAUGCAGAAUCCUCUCCCAUGCAGGAACCACCCAGAAAUCUUGAAACAGAAAGUGAAGAUGAUAGCUCAUCAAAAGAGACACCAAAGCUUGACAAUGAGAUUCUCAGUGCAUUGAAAGAGUUGCCAAAGGUGGUAAAAACACUGAAAGAUAUAGUGGCGACCAUGAAGGUGGCUCCAGCCUCAUCAAGUGAAGUGCAACAUGCAGAAGUCGUAUCACCACCAGCAGAAAUGAUGUCCCUGGGUGAAGGAAUCACCAUUCCAAAAAAGACAUUCGAGAGAUUCUCCAAGACCAAAAUGUCAGUAUUUACCCAGGAGCUGGCUGUUGUCAUGUUUGGACACGAUGUUCUGGCGACAUCAACUCUAACGGGCAAAAAAACUAUGAAAACAGCACUGGACUCCAUCAAAGUGAAUGCCCUCAUUGAUGCUGUGAUUGCUCGUUUUCAAGGGACCACUCCUUCUCAAGUCAGGGCUGUACUUCGACAGAAGUGCAACAAUGAGAGCUAUGCCAAAAAAAUUCAGGAAAGUGGUAAAGGCGAUAAGAAUUAAAUGACCAUUAGACUAAAUUAACAUACCCUUUGGUAGGUCACUUCAAAGUUCAUGCAAUUCGUUCUUUGUUGUCUGUUGAAAUGUUUAAAAAUAAUAAAAGCUGUUUUAUUGUUACUUUAAGCAUUAUGGUGUUUGUUUG